CACACUUAACGCAAGUCAACGAAAACUAAGACUGUAUAUUAAAUAUUUAUUUAUGUGUAUAGGUGUUAUUGUUGUAAUGCAGCUUAGUUAGCGUGAGCACAAAAAUUUAUAAUGUAUACACUGCUACACGGCUUUUAUAAAUAUUUGACACAAAAGGAUGAAUAUUGUGUCGUCAUACUAGGCUUGGACAAUGCGGGCAAAACGACUUAUCUGGAGGCGGCUAAGACAAAGUUUACUAAGAAUUACAAAGGACUGAAUCCAACGAAAAUAACAACAACAGUGGGCCUUAAUAUAGGCACUAUUGAUGUGCAUGGCGUACGCUUGAAUUUCUGGGAUUUAGGCGGUCAGCAAGAGCUACAAUCGCUAUGGGAUAAAUACUAUCAGGAGUCGCAUGGCGUCAUCUAUGUGAUAGACUCCAAUGAUCGUGAACGCAUGGAUGAGUCCAAGCUCAUUUUUGAUAAGAUGAUUAAGAAUGAGCUGCUGUCCGGUGUACCGCUGCUCAUCUUGGCCAACAAGCAGGAUCUGCCGGAUGUCAUGGGCGUGCGUGAGAUUAAACCCGUAUUUCAGCAGGCGGGUGCGCUUAUUGGACGACGUGACUGCCUUACAAUACCUGUCUCCGCGCUCAAUGGCGAGGGUGUUGACGAGGGCAUCAAAUGGCUUGUGGAAGCUAUUAAGCGGCACUCUGUAGUGCGUCCGCCGCGUGAAAAUGAUUGAGAGGAACGUACCAGACAAUCUCUAAAAGAAGUAAACAAACUUUGUACAGUAGACCGUCGCCCUACAGGUGAU